UCCAGAAACGGUCACAUUCGCUCAAAAUUUCGUACGGUCGUGGGUGGCGCAUCGCGUGUAGCUGCCAAUUAAACAAAUGCAAAAUACUGUACAAGCGCCAGUCCAACCGAGCAAAUAGCAAAUAGCGAGUGGAGCUCGCAGACACCAAAAACACAAGCGGAGACGUUGUUUUUGUUGUUAUUGCGUUUUGCUGCUUGCAACGCCCCCAGAAUCGGAAAAUCUCUAUGCACAACUCAGUGAGUGCGCGCGGGUGUUUUUCCUAAAUCAUAGCUGGGAAGGUUUGCAUGCCACCAAACCUAGCAGGCAGCACCUUCACCGUACCAUAAACCCACCGUUAGCCCUAAAAAAUGGCAGUCAAGUAAGCAGCAAAAGAAACAGUCCAAAACAACUGUGUCAGCAAAGCGGCAACAACCAACAACUUUUAAAGAAAGGACACAACAUAAAACAAUACAGCUUAGAGCUCCGAAAAGAACAAAAUCUGUGGCUUGGAGGCGGUGCAUUGCAACCGCCGCAGGCUCUUUUUUUCUAUACAAUCCGUGGCAGGGCGGCUAACGAUCACGCAUUGUUGGAGAGGAAUUGAUGACACUUCUCGGGCCUAGCGCCCCUGGCAUGGCCUUUAUGAUGAAAAAGAAAAAGUACAAGUUCAAUGUGGAAGUGCAGUUGCAGGAUUUAGUGGAGGUGGCCCUGGUAAAUGAGGUUUUGUUUGCCAAGAUACGACUGCUCGAUGGCGGGUCCUUUCAAGAGUACAGUAGUCGAGAGGAUGUGCGUAACCAUCGCGUGGAGUGGAACCGCAGCUUUGAGUUCCCCUGCAAGAUGAGUGCGAAUGCCUCGACCGGUGUCCUUGAUCCCUGUCACUUGCGCAUCUCGAUACGCAAGGAGAUGAAGGGCGGACGCAGUUACUAUAAGCUGGGUUUUAUUGACCUCAAUCUUGCCGAGUUUGCCGGUGCCGGGCUUACCUCGCGUCGCUUUCUCCUUGAGGGCUACGACUCCCGUCAUCGCCUGGACAACUCGAUGCUGCGGGUGAGCAUCAAGAUGCACAUGCUGAGCGGCGAUAUUCUCUUCAAGGCACCCACGCCCAGCCUAAAGAGCAAGCAGAGCAAACCCUCAAUGGAUGAUUUGGCCAACGCAGCCACCGGAGUGGGUUUGCAGACACCGACAGCCACGGCUUUGCCCAGCAUAGGCAGCGGCAGUGGCGGUUCGGCCAUUCCCUUGGGCGGCAGUGGAGCCACAUUGGGUGGAGUACCCAGCAAUCAGUCGCUGCCGGGAACAAGGCCCGUGUCCACCACAAAAGAAGAGGAGUUCGACGCACAGGCGCUGCUAGCGGCCAUUGUGACGGAUUCCGGGCUGUCAGAGUCCUCGGAAUCGGCGGUGACGUUGACCACGGACAAUCUGCAGCAACAUGCCGCCGCUGCUGCUUCAAAUGCCACCGCCACUACGCCGGUGACACAGGCAAUUCCUGGCCUGGGGACAAUCGGCAGCAACAACUACGGGACAACAGGUGUGGGCAUUGGGUUCUCUGGAGGCGGCAACGCCACACUGAUGGAGAUGGGUCAUUCCAGGAAUUCCAGUAAUACUAGUCAAAUGUCAAAAGGUUCGGGUUAUAGUAGUUUUUCGCACAGUCAGCAUUCAAGGCAGAGUUCCGAGGGCGAUUCGGGACAUGCUAGUCGUUUUAGAAAAUCCGUUUCUCUUCUCAAUAGACUUAAUCAGAGAGCAAUAAAUGCCAUGAAAUUGAGUAUUCCUCACGGUCGUCAUUGCGGUCAGAAGGCUUCUCCGGAUCCUGUCCUGCCAGUGGUCCCCAAGAACCAUCAUGUCCAGACCACCACCACCACCCAUCUCACCCUCAGCACCACAAUUGAGUACGCCAGCGAGGAGCAGCUCUAUCAGACUCCGAACGCCACCAUGAACAGCACAGGUCAGGAGACAUUGACCUUUGAGGACUUCCGCACCCCCAUGGCCGAGAUUGGUCCUCCCCAGUUCCAUCCCCUGGGUGGGGGAACACCCUGCUCCACCUACCGCAGUGCGGGAUCUCCGUCCCAUGCCACACAGUAUUAUGACAGCGGCGAGGCAAGCGACACGGACGAGUACCUCAACGAGGACUCGGGUGACAAUGACUCCGGCUUGGAGGAAAACUACCAUACGCCGCGCGUGGCCAAGAUCAAGUCAAUGGAGAAUCUAUCCAUUCUGGAGAUGGAGUUCCACAAGGCCUCCAUGGAGCUGGAUCGCAACUCGCCGCGGCGACUCAAACAGCUGGCGGAGCGUGCCCAGAUACCCAAGAUGAAGUCGCUGAAUAAUCUCGUCUUCGACGAGUAUGCGGAGCAGGCGGUGCGCGAGGAGUUCCAGCGCAUGCACGAACAGUCGUUGGAGGAGCGUCUGCGCUUCCAGCAGCACCAUCAUCUGCGCAAGAACUCCACCGCCUCGAACGGAUCGGCGGGAAAGCUGUUCGUGAAGCACUUUAGCCAUCAGAGCCAUCACCACACUAAGGUGGGCAACGCCAAGUUCAUCGGUCAGGAUGGCGGUAACGACAGUCCACAGUCGGCGCAGUAUCCCAUCCAGAAGAUGCGGUCUAUGGGCACCAUACCCGACAUUGUUAGUGAGCGCAUCGAGGCGGACCCAUUCCUCACGCCGACCACCGAACGAAAACCGAAUUUCCCGCGCCUCAUCCAGUCGGCGGAGAAGCCGGCUCUGGGCAGUAGCUAUGUGAACCGUCUGCUUACCUACGAUGUGGUGGACUCGCCGGCAGAAUCGUUUGCCAGCUCAAUGCCCUUCAUGUCGCGCACACCCUUCGAGCGAGCCUAUCGGCGCAACAUCCUGCAGGGCAGCUCCUCGACACCCCUGGCCAACCAGGAGGCCUUUGCGGCGCGGCCACAUUCCACGAAUGCUGCCUACGAGCUAAUGAGAAGCUUCAGUGGAGUUCCCCGUCGCCUCUUUGACGGUAGCAAUGGAAGCAACAGCACUAAUGGCCAGAACAGCGGCAACAUGGGAGCUGUCAGCAGCAGUAAUAGCGGCGGCGGCGGCAACAGGCAGCAACCAACCUCUGGCUACGCUUUGGGUUCAUCUAAUGCCAAUUGUUCGCCCUGCGGGACCCUGGCCAGCAUCCAUUCGAACCAUUCGGCCUCCUCCUCGAAUGGCAGCAACAGCAGCAGCAGCGGAGCAGUCAUCACCUUCCAGUGCAACGCCGCCAUGAGUGCUCAGGACACAGUGGAUGCCCCCACCACCAACCAGCAGAUGACAGUUGGCUCGCCCAAUGGCCACCACCACCAGCAGCAUGGCAGCAGUCCCCGGAUGGGCAACGUUGCCUCCGGCGAUGCCCUUAGCUCGCUGGCCGCCAGUCCCACGGAUGCCUGUAGCAUUCGUUCGAAUCCAUCAGCUGCCUCGCUACUACUUUCCACCUCGGCAGCAGCCGCCGAGGCGUCUGCGAUGGCUGUGACGGGAGCCACACUUUCGCCGCUAGCCACAACCCAGAUAAUACGCCGCCCCAGCGUCACCAUGAUGAAUCCCAGUUCCGGCUCGUUAGUUAUAAGUGAAACAGGAUCUCUAGAUCGCACGAAAAGCAGUGGCGAGAAGCGCAAAAAGGGCGCACUGGAUGAUGGGCCCCGCGUUUCCGAUCGAGUGGAGGAGACGCGGGUCAAUCCAAAUUCGUUAAUCGAUGAGAUUCUAAAGGAUACCAAGCUGGAUCAGCUGGAGGAGUCGGCAGAAACCUCUGGCCUUCAGCUAUAUAUCGCAAGGGACGGCACCGCCUCGUUGGGCGGACACGAGGUCAAGUCCAGCGUGAGAGCGGGGGCCCUGAAGCAGGUGGUCAUGCAGGACAGAAGAUAGUAGCGUCCCCAAAAACUGUGUUUUGUAAAAUGUAUUAGAAGACUAACUCUGAGCGAGCAGAAAUCGGAAAUAGUUUAGAUUUAUGCAAAAAUCCAUUUAUUUGCUAACAACAAAAGUGAGAAAAAUGCGGAAGCGCUAUAUAUGAGUAUAUAUACAUAUAUAUAUAAAUGUAUGUCAUGUCGAAAACUACACUACUAUGAAUGUAAUUAACUAGCUAUAUAUGCUUAUAUAUACCAAUAUGCAUAAACAUUUGUAUGUCACAUAGAUAUGUUAACAGACAGCAGUCGCCCUCCGAUUGGAGGCUUCAUUUCGGCCAGUGUUUUGUGCUCGUGGAAUUAGAAGAAAAAACCAAAUAAGAAAUUAACUAAGUGCAUGCAAAAUUUAAUCGCAAAAAAGUAGAGGAGAAAUCUUAUAAAAUUUACAAUUGCGAGCCAUUUGAUUUUCGCUUUCAUAUAUUCAACAACAACAAAAAAUAAUCAAAACAAAUUGCAACCAGAACAGUUACAUGCCAUACACACAAAAUACACAAAUGCUUCGAUAUCAUAGGCCCAAGUCGUAAUAAUCAUCGAAAUAUCAGUCGAAAUCGUGGAGAGCUGAGCAAGUUUCUCAUUUACCGAAAUUCAUACCGAAAAAGGCAUUUUAAUUUUGAUGACAACAUGCUUUCAUCAAAGACCUUAUAAUAACAAGAUGCAUAACGGGUGGCUCUAAAAUCCUAUGCCGUUACCCAUCUUUUUAUUACAAGGCCUUUGCUUUCACUUUACUUUUGCCUCAUCCAUUGUUGUACAUUGCUAACUUGUAUUCUUAGCUCGUAGUUAGCCUUUUAAAAACUUUCGUAAAUCAAUAAUGCAAAUCACUAUAAGUUUCAACGUUUGAUGUAUGUAAAAACAAAACAAAAAAAAAAAAUUAAGGAGAAAAUAAGAAAUCUGAGUUUAUUAUUUUGUAUGAUAUAGAAUGCAUACCAAACCAGCACUGAAAAAUCAAGAAAUCUGUUGUUGGGAGUGUGAAAAAAACAAAAGAAAUGCAAUUAGUUAUUAGCUAUAGUUUACGUUGAUAAUGUCUGUGUAAUAUUGCUUUAGUUAUUUUUUGAUAAUUUGUAAAAAGAGCGACGGAGUACCGAGAAACUCCAGGUUAGUUUUUUAAAACUGUACAUGCAAAAGAGAAGGAAAAACAAACAAAAUAAAUACGAAAUCCA